AUUACAAACAUAAGAAAUCUCAAAUCGACGCUGGUUCUGCUUCUGAAGAGAUAAUCAAUGAGGAUGAAAGUCAAAUAGAAAAUAAUGAGUAUAUGUUAUAUCUUACUAAUGUUGUUACUGAAUUGCAGCAACAAGUAGAAGAUCAAAGACUAGAGAUAUCAGAGUUGAAAAGAUGA